AUGAUCUACUCUCUCCUCCUCGCUUCGCUGCCUCUUCUCAGCGGCGCCGCCCUGACGUACCGCGGGGCAGAUAUCUCUUCCCUCAUCAUUGAAGAAGAGGCUGGCAUCAGCUACAAGAACUUGGACGGCGACACCCAGGCUCUGGAGACCAUCCUGGCCAACAAUGGAGUCAACUCGAUCCGACAGCGGUUGUGGGUGAACCCCAGCGAUGGAUCGUAUGACCUCGACUACAACCUGGAGCUGGCCAAGCGUGUCAAGGCUGCAGGCAUGAGCAUCUACUUGGACUUGCAUCUGAGUGAUACAUGGGCAGACCCAAGUGACCAGACUACCCCUACCGGUUGGUCAACCACAGAUAUCGACACGCUCACCUGGCAACUGUAUAACUACACGCUUGAAGUUUGCAAUACGUUCGCGGAGAAUGACAUCGACCUGGAGAUUGUUUCCAUUGGCAACGAGAUCUCGAGCGGACUUCUCUGGCCGCUGGGGAAGACUCCUGACUACGACAACAUCGCUAAGCUGCUGCACUCGGGAGCCUGGGGUGUGAAGGACUCGGACCAGACCACAACACCAAAGAUCAUGAUCCACCUGGACAAUGGUUGGGACUGGGAAGAACAAGAAUACUUCUACAGCACCGUCCUCGCCACGGGCUCGUUGGUGUCGUCGGAUUUCGACCUGAUGGGCGUCUCGUACUACCCAUUCUACAACUCGGACGCGAGCCUGUCGGCGCUGCAGACCAGUCUGAGUAACAUGCAAUCGACUUACUCCAAGCCGGUGGUUGUAGUUGAGACCAACUGGCCCGUGUCAUGCCCAGACCCGGCCUAUGACUUCCCCUCGGAUCUGAGCUCGAUUCCUUUCUCUGCCGCGGGACAGGAAGAGUUUUUGGAAAAACUGGCCGAUGUGGUGGCGGACGUCACCGAUGGCUUGGGCAUUUAUUAUUGGGAGCCGGCCUGGGUAGGCAAUGCGGCCUUGGGUUCCAGCUGUGCGGACAACCUGAUGGUGGACGUGAAUACCGAUGAGGUGUUGGAGAGCGUCACUGUGUUUGAAGACCUUUGA